AUUGAUAAAACUGAGUCAGUUUAUUCUUCUUACAUGGAAAGCAACAAGAAUGUAAGUCAGCUGAGAUGGAUUGUAUUGUUUGGAAUUAGGAGUGUGCAGUUUGCUUUUUGCUUUCAGACUUUGUUUUUAAGCCUGACAUCCCCAGCUGUGCGUGCCAGUGGAAGACCACACUGCAGUCCAGCUCAGGGCACUUCACUGAAUUCCAAGGGGGAGCUCCCCCAGAGCAGUGGGUGCCCCUGCUUUGCGAGGCUCCCAGUAGCUACCAAGGGCCCAGGCUGCCCCCAAGAGCAACGCCAGCCCGAGCCACCUUCUGGGGUCUCGAGUAGCGAGGACACUCCCGAAAAGAGGUCGUCUGGUUCUCAAGUUUUUCUCUCUGAAUAUUUAAUCGGUGGUUUCUCUUUGCUUCUGACUUGAUAAUGGAGAUGAAAAAGGAAUUUGACUACAAGAAGGAGAAUAGUAGCCGACGGCGCAUCUGGCUUUACUUUUUAAAUUCCCUCAAACCUCGUGCUCGUGUUUGGUUGUUUGCCUUCAUCUCACAGAGAUCCCGUGAACUUUGGUGGGCGGGGAGGGCGGUAAUGGCGCGUCCAAAGCCCGCCAAACACAGCCCGAGAGCUCUAGGAUAUAUGAGGAGUAUUUUUAACAAAACCUCGACAAACAAACUCAAAGGAAGCCGUGUGCUCCUUAAGUCAUAGGCAUCUGUACUGACUGUACCGUUCGGUCUGCUUUUUGUAACCGGCGUUAAGAGCAGGAUUAAACAUGAAAAUGGGUAAAAGAAAAGCAAAGGUAAGUCCGCCGACUCCCAUUCAUUAUCUCCAGCAUAUGGGACCAUUCUCCUACUUGUCUUCGCCCUUUCUUCCUCAAAACUAAAAGCAACCAAGCCUGUCUCGCUUCACAGCAAACGCACUCUUUGUGCCUGAGCGGUGCCUCUGCGACCACUUCCUCCUCCUCCCGCCCGCCGCCGACUUUCGCUCGGGGAAGCAGGCGGCAGGCGCCCUUUGCGCCGGGAAGUCGAUGCUGCGAUUGGGCGACGGUCCCUGAGCCUCCAGUUCCGCGUCGGUUUCAAGGCUCCUCCCUCCCGGUGAAAGGCAGACUGCGGGGCGCCUGGAAACCGGUCCGAGGGCGCGCAAGGGAGAGAAGAGCGAGCGAGUUGAGGGAUUGACACAAAUGGUCAGGCGGCGGCGGCGGCGAAGGAGGCGGAGGCGCAGGGGGGAGCCGAGGUCGCUGGGCCGCGGAGAGUUGCGCGCUCUACGGGGCCGCGGCCACUAGCGCGGUGCCGCCAGCGGGGAGUCAGCGAGCCGGGGGCCAGGAAGGCGGGACGCGACCCCGGCGCGCCCGGUACACCCGGGCUCUCCCCGCCGCCCACGCUUCAUGAAUCGCAAGUUUCCGCAGCGGCGGUGGCUGCGGGACGCGGAGCGGGCGCCUGGGGAGCGGGCCGAGCGCAGUUCGGGCUCGACGGCGGGCACCGGCACGGGGGAGAGCGCUUCGGCCUCAGGGGGAGUCGCCGCCGGCCGCGCCACCGCCGGCCCCAGCGGAGCGGCGCCAGGAAAGGAGCGGAGAAAGUAUGGCUGAGGAGGAGGCGCCUAAGAAGUCCCGGGCCGCCGGCAGCGGCGCGAGCUGGGAACUUUGUGCCGCGGCGCUCCCCGCUGGACCGCUGGCGGAGGGGAGCGGGGACACGGGCGCCCGCCGCAGCCGCCCCCCAGCUGACUCCGGGCGCUUGGCCUGCAGGCUGCUGCUACUGCUUUGGCUGCUGGAGGCUCCUCUGCUGCUGGGGGUCCGGGCGCAGGCGGCGGGCCAGGGGCCCGGGCCGGGCCAGCAGCCCCCGCCGCCGCCGCCUCAGCAGCAACAGAGCGGGCAACAGUACAACGGCGAGCGGGGCAUCUCCAUCCCGGACCACGGAUACUGCCAGCCCAUCUCCAUCCCGCUGUGCACGGACAUCGCGUACAACCAAACCAUCAUGCCCAACCUGCUGGGCCACACGAACCAGGAGGAUGCGGGCCUGGAGGUGCACCAGUUCUACCCGCUGGUGAAGGUGCAGUGCUCGGCCGAACUCAAGUUUUUUCUGUGCUCUAUGUACGCGCCCGUGUGCACAGUGCUGGAGCAGGCUCUGCCGCCCUGCCGUUCCCUCUGCGAGCGCGCGCGCCAAGGCUGCGAGGCGCUCAUGAACAAGUUCGGCUUCCAGUGGCCUGAGACGCUAAAGUGCGAGAAGUUCCCGGUGCACGGCGCCGGGGAGCUGUGCGUGGGCCAGAACACUUCGGACAAGGGCACCCCGACGCCCUCGCUGCUGCCAGAAUUCUGGACCAGCAAUCCCCAGCACGGCGGCGGGGGGCACCGCGGUGGCUUCCCCGGGGGCGCCGGCGCGUCGGAGCGAGGCAAGUUCUCGUGCCCACGCGCCCUCAAGGUGCCCUCCUACCUCAACUACCACUUCCUGGGGGAAAAGGACUGCGGCGCGCCCUGCGAGCCGACCAAAGUGUACGGGCUAAUGUAUUUUGGGCCGGAAGAGCUGCGCUUCUCGCGCACCUGGAUCGGCAUCUGGUCAGUGCUGUGCUGCGCCUCCACGCUCUUCACGGUGCUCACGUACCUGGUGGACAUGAGGCGCUUCAGCUACCCGGAGCGGCCUAUCAUCUUCCUGUCUGGCUGCUACACGGCAGUGGCGGUGGCCUACAUCGCGGGCUUCCUGCUAGAGGACCGGGUGGUGUGUAACGACAAGUUCGCCGAGGACGGGGCACGCACGGUGGCGCAGGGCACUAAGAAGGAGGGAUGCACCAUCCUCUUCAUGAUGCUGUACUUCUUCAGCAUGGCCAGCUCCAUCUGGUGGGUAAUCCUGUCGCUCACCUGGUUCCUGGCAGCCGGCAUGAAGUGGGGCCACGAAGCCAUUGAGGCUAACUCCCAGUAUUUUCACCUGGCUGCUUGGGCCGUGCCGGCCAUCAAGACCAUCACCAUCCUGGCACUGGGCCAGGUGGAUGGCGACGUGCUGAGCGGAGUGUGCUUCGUGGGGCUCAACAACGUGGACGCGCUGCGGGGCUUCGUGCUGGCACCACUCUUCGUGUACCUGUUCAUCGGCACGUCUUUCCUGCUGGCAGGCUUCGUGUCCCUUUUCCGCAUUCGCACCAUUAUGAAGCACGACGGCACCAAGACCGAGAAACUGGAGAAGCUCAUGGUGCGCAUUGGAGUCUUCAGUGUGCUUUACACAGUGCCAGCCACAAUCGUCAUUGCCUGCUACUUCUAUGAACAGGCCUUCCGGGACCAGUGGGAGCGCAGCUGGGUGGCCCAAAGCUGCAAGAGCUAUGCCAUCCCCUGCCCCCACCUCCAGGCAGGUGGAGGUGCCCCUCCGCACCCGCCCAUGAGCCCAGACUUCACAGUCUUCAUGAUCAAGUACCUUAUGACGCUGAUUGUGGGCAUCACUUCAGGUUUCUGGAUUUGGUCUGGCAAGACUCUCAACUCCUGGAGGAAGUUCUACACCAGGCUCACCAACAGCAAACAGGGAGAGACCACCGUCUGAGACCGGGUUCCAGCCUGUUCCCAGCACCCGGCCUGGUCCCAGCCCUGGCCUCCCAUCCCCCACCAAAGCUGGCCCCCUGGAAUCCUUGCCAAGCCUGGCUACUCGAGCCUUCCUCACUAGCCACUCACUUGUGCAGGCACCUUUUAACAGCACAGCUCCUGCAGAAGCUUCUGUCCCUGGGGGCAAACGGACUCGAGGGCACAACUGCCAAAGAGGGAUGGACAGACCUCUCUCGCGCCCACACUCUGGUACUGGGACUGUACGCUUUUAUGAUUGUAAAUAGCCUGUGUAAGAUUUUUGUAAGUAUAUUUGUAUUUAAAUGA